AUGGCUGGGGGUCGCCCGAUGGCCGCUGAGCUGCGCCCUGGCAACCUAGCCAUGCGUCAGGUGAUAUCUGCUGUUAAAUUCGUUGAGCGCCUUUACGGUGGCGACCUGAGCAACCUCCGCCAGCUGUACCUGAGAAACGUGAACAACCCUUCCCAAAAGGACUGGCAGGGGUUCAAUGUCUCUUGGGACAUUGAUUCUAACGGUUCCGAGAGCCUCAGCGCCAGCCUGAGUUACUUUACGAGCGUGGACCUCACGUUCAAGAUAUACUGGACGAUUGACAGCUACUUUAAGAGGGCAGAGGGCUUCAACUUCACCCUUUUCAUGCAAACCACUCAAAAUCGGAAUGUUGUACUAAACACGACGGUCGCGGGUGUGCGCCUGGCUCCCUUUGUGGUAGAGAAGGAAAAUCUGCUCAUGUCUGCAAUGUUCCAUCCGCUGAACGAGAGGCUGUGGAUCCAUCGGGCGCUUGUGACAAAUAUCACACAGCAGAUGGGUGAUGUGGACGUCAUCAGCGUGGUAAUCCACCUUGUGGCGGCCAAUCGCAUCGAGGAAGUUAUGGAGGCGACCGCCAUAGGCUUUCCGCCCUCAGCCGGCUUUCCUCAGGAUGAUUACAAUGCCCCAAUGUCUGCAAUCCUUGGCUCUUGUGUCGCUGUGGUCAUUGUGGUCACGGCAAUCAUUGGCGCCAUCCUUUACUUGCGGCAAAAGCGUGCCAAGGAUGCUUUCCCUGCUACAGGCGAUGACAAGAGUCAAGACACAGAGUGUGGCCUGACAGGAGUCAAGAUAUCUGCAGGGAGCAUGAUGGAACCCAGCUCGAGGCGUUCCCUGGUCAGCUCUGUCUGCUCGGAGCUUGACAUGAAGAAGUGGUGUCUGCGCAACUCCCUGGAUGGAGAGGACAUUGAGAUAUGCUUCAGGAGCGAUGGCACGCCACAUGAGCUUGGCAGGGGUGGCUUCUGCAAGGUGUUGAAGGGGCUGCAUGGAGGUGUGAGGGAGGUGGCACUUAAGAUGCUGCUGGAUGUGGAGGACCCUGAGAAGGAGUUGGCCCGUUUUACUAAGGAGCUGGACCUUCUCAGGACGCUCAGCUUUGACAGCAACAUUGUGCAAUUCUACGGCGCCUCCAUCAUGGAGGGCUGCCCUGUGCUGGUGCUGGAGUGCAUGGAGGGAGGCGAUCUGUCCAAUGCCAUAUCCAACGACAGGAGCGGCGACCUGGGCUGGUACAGCAAGGGCCACAAGAUUGCCCUGGAUGUGGGCAGGGGCCUGUGCUUCCUGCACAGCUGCAGAGUGCGCAUCCAGCCCCCCGCACCUCUCCUCUGCAACUCCUUGCUCCGCCUUUGCUUGCAUGGGGACCUGACGUGCCGGAACAUCCUGCUGAACGCGGACUACACAGUCGCCAAGAUUGGCGACCUGGGUCUGGCCAAAGUGAUGCUGGCCACAAUCACAGACGCCAAUGCCGGUGGCACCCUCGCGUUCGCCGCGCCUGAGCUGCUGCUCAACAUGCGCUGCAACGAGAAGGCGGACAUCUUCUCUUUGGGGGUGGUCCUGUGGAACAUCUGCACUCAAGAGGUUCCACUGCGCGGCCAUCUUCGACGGCUGCAGGUGCCCGAGGAGUGCCCUGAGAGCAUAGCAGAGCUGAUAGACGAAUGCCUGGAGCGGCCUCCAGAGGACAGGCCCUCAGCCAAGGAGGCCUUUGAGAUCAUCAGGAACAGCAUGUCGCCAGACCUUUGCCGCGCAAGGCCGCCCCGGACGCAGGCGGGGUCAACUCCCAAGCGCAAGGACAUGGCGCGGCCGCCAGUUGCGCCGUCCAAGGAGCGCUGCUCCCCGCUGAGUCAGCGCUGGCACUCCGUCUCGGGCUGUUCUCUGUCGCGCCUGGCGCCGCGCGACCUGUGCCCCUCGGCCAAUCUCGCGCCGCCAAACCCCUUCCACACCGACUCGGCCAACAGAGACAGCGCGCCGCACGUCAAGGGCACCAUUGGAUGA